AUGUCAACAGCAGCUCAAGCUUUCAAUGGCAACCUCAAGAAAGCUCUUGCUGGUCUGAGACGAAUCAAUUUAGAAGGCUUGAGAUGGAGAGUAUUUGAUGCAAAGGGACAGGUCUUGGGAAGGCUCGCAUCGCAGAUAUCAACUGUGGUUCAGGGAAAGGACAAACCGACAUACACACCCAAUCGUGAUGAGGGGGACAUGUGCAUUAUUAUUAAUGCGAAAGAUGUGUGUGUCACCGGAAGGAAAAUGACAGAUAAGGUUUACCAGUGGCAUACAGGGUAUAUAGGCCACCUGAAGGAGAGGACUUUGAAAGACCAAAUGGCUAAAGAUCCCACGGAGGUUAUACGCAAAGCUGUCCUACGGAUGCUCCCUAGGAACAAAUUACGUGAUGACAGAGACAGAAAGCUGAGGAUAUUUGCUGGGGACGAGCACCCUUUUGGUGAUAAGCCUCUCGAACCUUAUGUGAUGCCUGCAAGGCAAGUGCGUGAAAUGCGGCCACGUGCUAGACGGGCCAUGAUCCGUGCCCAAAAGAAAGCUGAACUACAAGAACAGGGUAACUCAAACAUGAGGAAAGGCAAAAAGAGGAAAGAAGUCGAACCAGAACUCGAAGCAUGA